GUGGCCAGAGAGCAGGCUCCAGUGCGCAGGCGCCGACGUCAUGUUGCGAGCCGCGUCCCGGGCCGUGGCGCGCGCCGCCGCCCGCAGCGCGAGUCGUCCCGGUUCUCCCGACGUGCGCCCCGUAGCCUCCGCCACUAUGUCCCGGGCGUCGCGGGCUUCGGGCGACUCGUCGCUGCCCGCCACCGUGCUGGGUACGAUGGAGAUGGGACGUCGCAUGGACGCCCCGGCUAGCGCCGCGUCGGUGCGCGCUUUCCUGGAGCGCGGCUACACCGAGCUGGACACGGCCCUGAUGUACAGCGACGGCCAAUCCGAGAGCAUCCUGGGCGGCCUCGGGCUCGGGCUGGGGGGCGGCGACUGCAGAGUGAAGAUUGCCACCAAAGCCAAUCCCUGGGAUGGGAAGUCACUGAAACCAGACAGUCUCCGAGCCCAGCUAGAGUCGUCGCUGAAGCGAUUGCAGUGCCCACAGGUGGACCUCUUCUACCUCCAUGCCCCUGACCAUGGCACCCCUGUAGAGGAGACACUGCGUGCCUGUCACCAGCUGCACCAGGAGGGCAAGUUUGUGGAGCUUGGCCUUUCCAACUAUGCUGCCUGGGAGGUUGCUGAGAUCUGCACCAUCUGCAAGAACAACAGCUGGAUCCUGCCCACUGUGUACCAGGGCAUGUACAACGCCACCACCCGGCAGGUGGAGACAGAGCUCUUCCCCUGCCUCAGGCACUUUGGACUGAGGUUCUACGCCUACAACCCCUUGGCUGGGGGUCUGCUGACUGGCAAGUACAAGUAUGAGGACAAGGAUGGGAAACAGCCGGUGGGCCGAUUCUUCGGGAAUAACUGGGCAGAGACCUACAGGAAUCGUUUCUGGAAGGAGCACCACUUUGAGGCCAUUGCCCUGGUGGAAAAGGCCCUGCAGACUGCUUAUAGCUCCAGUGCGCCUGGCAUGACGUCGGCAGCUCUUCGCUGGAUGUACCACCACUCCCAGCUGCAGGGUGCCCGUGGGGAUGCUGUCAUCUUGGGCAUGUCCAGCCUGGAACAGCUGGAACAGAACUUGGCAGCAGUGGAGGAAGGUCCUCUGGAGCAGUCUGUGGUGCAGGCUUUUGAUCAGGCCUGGCAUGUGGUUGCCCACGAAUGUCCCAACUACUUCCGUUAGGUCCCAACUUGGUUCAGAUUGCCAAAACUUUUUCGGUCAUCUCUUCUUUGCUCAGACCAGUCUCUGCCUUAAAAUAACCUCUUCCAUUUUCAGUAUUGGUGUGUGUGCUGCUGGUUGAUGACCCAGAGCUUUUACAUCUCAGAGAUGUGUUUACCAGUUAGAUCUCUUUAGCGUGGUCAUCUGGAUCAUGAGUCUAGAUUCCUGCGUUUGUUAACUUCAGUGUAUAAAGGAAGUAGCUGAACUCAACACAGCUAUUUUCUGUCACAAUAAAACAAGCUCUUGGCCU